UAUUUGUAUAGAUAGGGGAGGGUUACUAUCAGUAAGAGGUCAGAGAUCAUGGAAGAUAAUGGGGUGAGUCAAAUUUCGUGGCAUUUUCAACUGUAUUUACAGCGUUUCCAGUGACAGUUGGAACGUGAAAAUGUUGUGUGCCAUUAGAAAUAAUUUUGUGAGGAAAAUUGGGGUGAGGAAUUUCGUGGGUGUUGUCGGGGUGCCCUUUGAGAAAGGCCAGCGAAAGGAGGGGGUCGCGCUGGGGCCCGAUGCCAUCAGAAGGGCCGGUCUUAUUGAUGAAUUAAAAAAUUUAGGUCUGGACGUGAAAGAUUAUGGAAAUAUAAAAUAUGAGCCUGAAUCACUCCCUGGAAUAGACAAUAUGUCCCACUUAGGGGAAGUAGCAGCCUGUACCAGAGAAUUAUCUCAAGCUAUUCAGAAUAUUAUCAAAGAAGGUAGGAAGGCUGUCACUUUGGGAGGAGAUCACAGUGUGGGGAUUGGGGCGAUCGAUGGGCACGUAAAGGCAAAAGGAAACAUUGGAGUUCUGUGGGUAGAUGCCCAUGCAGACUUGAAUACUAAUAAAACUAGUGAUAGUGGUAAUGUUCAUGGAAUGCCAGUUGCUCUUCUAACAUCUGAAUUAUCAGAUUAUUGGCCUCAUCUUCCUGGAAUGGACUGGCAAAUGCCUAUGUUGUCGAUUAGAAAUGUAGCUUACAUUGGUCUUCGAUCAGUGGACAAAUACGAAAGAUUGGUGAUUGAAAAAUUUGGGAUAACUGCGUUUGGGAUGGAAGAUGUCGAGAGAUACGGAAUCCACGAAGUCGUUCACAUGGCUCUGAAAAAAAUCGAUCCUCACUCCGAGAAAUCUUUGCAUGUCAGCUUUGACAUUGAUGCCUUGGACCCCCUAGAAGCCCCCAGUACAGGAACAGCAGUGAGGGGUGGAUUAUCUCUACGAGAGGGAAUCCACCUAAUGGAGGAGGUUUACAGAACGAAUCGUCUGAAUGCGAUCGAUCUGGUUGAGGUGAACCCCGAAAUUGGCGAUGAGCGAAGUGUUAAAUUGACUACAGAGGCAGCAAUUCAGAUUUUACAAGCUGGCCUCGGUUACACAAGAAGAGGGCUCAAGGUUCCUCCCGGAGUAACUGACAUUCCUCUCCAAACGUUUCGGUGAUUUUAGAAAUCUCCACAAUUGUCCCACGAUGUCCAACCACAACAAAAACUAACUAGAGAUGCUCAUUCAACAACUAUUUUGCUGAGCUGUUCACAGUAUUUUUUGUCUUUUCAGUGUCUCUGAUCAAUAAAUACCACUUCUUCCCAGAAUCAGCCUUAUCUUCCACCGUCACUUCAACCUUCGACACGUGAAAUUCGUUGGUCGCUGGAUUUGUGAUCGUAACCCAGUAGACGAUGUUCCCCCGGGCCUUGGGACCACUGAUUGGCAGUGUAUACCAUUUUUUGUUGUCUAUCUGCCCAUAGGCGUUAUUGUCACCAAUAUCAAGUCUCCCAAUUUUAUAAGACUCACCCAGACGAGAUUUUAUUCCCGGAUGAUCAUUCACAAGUUUCAUUACCUCCAUGUGAGACGCCGACUGUUUUAUUUUGUCCUGGAUCAACCACCUGGUGAUGUAACCGCAUAUUGGAAUCGCAAAUCCGCCUGCAAUUAUGAUUUUCCCUAACGUUUGUACUGGUGGUACCCCCAUUCUUUAAUUUUUUAUGUCAAUAACUCAAUUGUGGGAAAUUUCACUCACACUCUUUGGGACCAAUGAGGUUAGUUUAGUUAGGUUAUGUUGAUAUGUACACAUAUGUAUUUUUUUUAUGUAAGAACAGAAAAAUGGAUUUAGAAUAAAA